AUGGAAGUAGCAGAUCUGGGUAAAGCUCCACCGCUCAGUGAAGAUCUGUCCAUGGAAGUACCAGAUUUGUCCAUCUUUAAUGGAGUCCCAGCUGAGGAACGGCUGCAUUGGCGAUCUUUCUUAGUUAAGUUGGGGGCUGAUAAUCUUAAAGGUCUCAAAAUUGAAGAGCUCCUCGUUGCUUGCCACAAAUCUGUCUAUAUUGUUUGCACAGUGCUUGGGGAUGUCAGCAUUUAUGUUGUUGGCAAGGAUGAGUAUGAUGAGCUUGCCUCUGUGAAGGAUGUGUGUGGGAAACCUCCAACUAAACACCUUUUCCUGGAUAAAUGUGGAAAGAUUUGCAUGUGUCUGGAUGAGAUUGCAGGGAAG